AUGGGCAUCGGUACUAAGAUCAAGGAGGCGUUGCACGGCGACAAGGACACUCAGUCCAGCCCCCACGAUACCACCUCAGCCAACUCAUUCAAGUCGCUCCCCAAAGCUCCGGGCGCAUUUCCCUCCGAAGACGUGCCGGGACACUCCAAUCGAACGGGGGGCUACAUAUCCACCAACGAGCCUGGUCUCGGCAAAUCGUCACAUAACACAUAUGGUCGAACCGACAAGCCAGCAACCAGCCAUGGUCUCGGCACCCACACCACAACCACAACUGGUAUCACGACGGGUAAUACGUCAGCUUCAAGAGAUCACGGUCUGACGGGGACCAGCUCCUCCCACCGAGCGGGAGGUGACCCAUACUCGGCCACCAAUACCUCCAAUGCCCUGAAUCAAGCCGACCCGCGCAUGGGCAACACCGAGGGUGACUACUACAGCAGUGGCCGCGAAGGGGCUUCGGGUCCGCACAACUCCAAGAUGAUGAACGCAGCAGACCCAAGAGUAGACUCGGACAGAGAUGCAUCCCGCACUAUGGGAAAUGACUAUGGAAGUUCAGGCACACACCAGACCGGGAAGCUGACCAAAGAAAACAAGAGUCCCUAUUGGGGCAGUACUGGUUCUGGCAGAGGCACAGGUACGGGAAUGGGAACGGCUGGACAUGACCAUGAUACCAGAACCGCACCAGAGAGGGAAUACGGCGUCAAUGAUCUGUCAGGACAAGAUCAAUACGGCACUCAUGAUGGAGGCAUCACUGGCGGCGCCGGCCCCCGGGAGAUGAACGACGCCUAUGACCGCCAGUCCUAUUCCCCCACAGGAGUUACUGGUAACACAGCAGGUGUCGGCGGUACUCACAACCUCCCGCAUCGCCCCCUGGACCCAUCAGACCCUAGCAAUAUGUCAAGUCGCCAUGAAAAGAUCAACGAGUAUGGCGCGCCUACCAACAGCCAAGACCCCGGCCACUCGGGCGUGGGCAAGGUCGCCACUGGAGCAGCAGCUGGGUACGGUGCCCAUGAGCUCAGCAAUCGACACCACAAGCAGGACAUGCGCGACUACGAGACGGCGGGUGGCAGCUCGGAUCGUCAUGGUCCCUUCAGUGAAAAUGUACGUGGUACACCAACAACCGGGCAGCAGCAUCAAAGGGGCAGUACCGGCGGUUCCAUACCGGAUCCGUACAGCAAGCAACAGUCUGAGUUGACUGGACAUGGUUCGUCAUUCGGCACGAGUCAUGGUGCGCAUUCUAGUCACAACUCAGGACUAGGUACGAAUCAAGGUGUUUACUCUCAGCACGACUCACCUCUCGGCAGUCACGGUAUGCAGCCUGGACCACAGUCAGGGCUCGGUCCGGGCCAGGGCAUUCACUCCCAACACGGUUCCAGUGCGGGUGGGACCGGCGGGGUUGGCCAAAGCAUGCACUCCGGCCAUGAUUACGGACUGGGCCCCGUAGCUGUAGGUCUCGGCGCUGCAGGAGCUGGACAAGCCCUGCACCCUUCUGGGCACGAAUUUGGGCGUGAUUCUGAAUUCGGGAGGGGCACAACAGGUGCCGGUCAUACAGACGGGCGUGACUCUGGUUUUGACUCAGUAGUUCCGGGUAGACACCUAGCUGGCAGCAUGGGUAGUGGAUCCGACUACGGUGGCUCCAACGUGGCGAGUGGUGGACUGGGUGAGGAUCAUUAUGGCCCUGCGCACCCCGGUGCUAAGGUCUAUCACAGCUGCGAUCAUUGUGGCAAGGACAACGAUAUCAGCAAGUACUUCCGCAAGGAGGCGACUUAUCGUCUGGGCUAG